AUGCCUUCAGGACAAGGAGCCGGUACAAACCCCAUCCACAACAAGAAGCCCAAGAAGAAGGCGCAGGACCUCGACGAGGACGACAUUGCGCACAAGGCAAAGCUCGCUGCCGGUUGGUCACACCCUGUCUAUUACAUCUCUCUCGACACCUCCACGACAUCGUCGCAUAACAUGCUGCGACACGAAUAUUACAAGAAGGCACGCGACGAACUCGCCGGCAAGGUCGGCAAGGGCAAGGGACCUCUCAACACGGGCUCUCAAGGCAUCAAGAAGUCUGGCAAGAAAUAAGCGCUUUGAUGCGUGAGUGGCGAACGCGGACGGCGACGAGCACGAUGAUUUGAUAUUGAAGAUACCAAGGGAAUUGAAACGGAGUCAUACAC